UGCGGAAAAUGAAUUUUUUUUCUCCCAAAUAACUCAUGGAUCCGACUCCAUUAAGAAACUGAAGUGAUUAAGCGGUGAUACCAAAUUCAUAUAUUCCGAUGUCUAAUAGUUUUACAUCUUUUAACCCAAAAGGAAAUCAAUUGACUAACCUCUCCACGAAAGCAGGAUUACUCCACCCACUCUCAAUUGCCUUAUUACUAUUUACUACUAGUACUUGCCUACUAGCCAACAGCCUAGAUUACUUACCACAAAAUCAGGGCCUCAAAAAUUAUUUUAACCCAAUUAAUUAACUUCUGACUUUUCGGAUCAAGAACAUCUGCAAUUACCAAUUCUACACUCCCAGACCUGCAUAAUCCACAUAACCAAAUAUGGCUCCUUCCGGGGAACCAACCACCGUGCUUGACCGUUGUCUAGCGACACCACCGCCGGGGCUGGUGUCCAGAAUGUCACUCCGCCUAAGUUUUUUUGACGUCCUAUGGUUACACGCCCCACCCGUCCAACGCCUUGUUUUCUACGAAAUCCCUGAGAUCACAAAAACCAAUUUUAUCGAAGAAAUCAUCCCAAAACUUAGAGAUUCCCUUAACUUAACCCUCAAAUAUUAUAUCCCAUUAGCGGGAAACUUGAUCAUCCCGCCAAAUUCUGGUCCGGACUCGCCCGAAAUCCUGUACAAACGUGGAAAUUCAGUACCCUUGAUCGUCGCGGAGUCGAAUGCGAUCGAUUUUGAAUGGUUAGUGGCAAAUCAUGCAAGAGACAGUUCUGAUUUUCAUUGUUUGGUUCCCAAAUUGGUACAAUCGACGGAUGAUUCCGGGUCGAUUCUAUCUUCGGUGCUGGCUCUCCAGGUUACACUGUUUCCCAACAUGGGAUUCUCCAUUGGGAUAACAAGCCAUCAAGCGGCCGGAGAUGCUUGCACCAUUUUUAGGUUCUCGAGGAUUUGGGCGUUUCAUGCCAAAGCUGGAGAAGCCGAAGCUGAGGAAAAGGUGAACGCACCAUGUGGAGGACCACUAGGGCCACCAUGUUAUUAUAGAACUAUCAUCAAAGACCCAAAGGGUCUCUCCUCAAUUUUCUGGAACCAAUGGAACAACAUCAGUAAACUUGAUCGUGGUUCAGGCAUUUCAUCGAACAGCUAUAAAGUUCGACAAACUUUUCUUAUUAGCCCAGAACAGGUUGAAAAUAUUAGGAAGUUAGUGCCAACUAUGCUCCGAGGGCAAGCUUAUAUGAAAUCUUUCAAAGUUGUUUGUGCAUAUGUUUGGAUAUGUUUAGUAAAAUCCCGCGGCGAGGAGGCAGUUGAUGAGGAAGAAGUAGAGAACUUUGUCUGCUUUGGGAAUUGCAGAAGGCGUUUGGAUCAUCUUGUGGCUGAAAACUAUUUUGGGAAUUGCAUUACACUGUGCAUAGCAAAGAUGAAAAAUGGUGAACUUGUGGGAGGAGGAGGAAUCCCUCGUGCAGUUGGGUUGAUUGGCGCAGCCAUGAAUGAGAAAUUGCAAAGCCAAGAGGCACUCUCUAAUGGUGCUGAAAAUUGGUUGGUGGAGUUGCAGAAUUUGAAUUUGGAUAGGACUUUUGUGGUGGCUGGAUCACCAAAGUUUAAUUUUUAUCAACUGGAUUUUGGAUGGGGGAGGCCCAGAAGGUUUGAGUUCGUUUCAAUUGAUAAAACAGGGGCAGUAUCUCUUUGUGGGGGCAGAGAUCGCAACAGGGAUAUAGAGGUUGGUUUGUCUCUUCCCAAGGCUAGAAUGGAUGCCUUCGCUGCAAUUUUCAACCAGGGCCUUAAAGAUUUGUAGGAUUUAUUUUUUGCUUCUUGAUCGAAAUGUCACCGUGUAAGUUUGGUAACUUUAGUUAGCCGAUGAAGUGGGAGAAUCC